AUGAGCGGCCAAGGAACUCUUCGGCUCCUCAAGCUCUUGCUGAUUUGUGCUUGUCUUUCGCUGGCUGUCAUUGGCAGAGGUGACUGGCUGUCUGGAGAGGCAAGAGUUGUGCAGUUUGUUUCGCUCGUCUGGCAACGGCUUGCAACAGGCUGGCUUUGGUGCGGCAUGUACGGCUGGAAGAGACUCCGAAAUGGAACGCGGAGCACAGGCGGCGUCCAGGACGAAUGGGCCAAUCGCGCCAUAAAGACUAACCCCGAUGUAUUGCCCACAACGCCCAUCUCCCAGCUGCUGUGGGAUGACUUCUGGGGCACGCCCCUCACCCACAGCGGCUCGCACAAGUCCUACCGCCCCCUCACGGUGUUAUCCUUCAGACUCAACUACAUGGCGUCAGAGUUCCAGCCCCGGUCGUAUCACGUGACCAACGUGGCGCUGCACGUGGCGGCGACGGGGCUUUUCGCUGUGCUGGCGCGCACGCUCACGCCCCACGCCCGCCUCGCCCGGACGGCCGCCCCUCUCCUCUUCGCCGCCCACCCCAUCCACACCGAGGCCGUGGCGGGCGUGGUGGGCCGGGCGGACGUGGGGGCGGCCAUAUUCUUCCUGGGUGCCCUCCUCUCCUACAUGCGGUACUGCAGGUGUAGCCGCGGCAACGUCAACGGGAGUGCGGGCGGUCGUGUGGGUCGUAAGGCGUGGCUGGGCGCAGCGUUGGUGUCCGCCACGCUGUCUAUGCUCACCAAGGAACAUGGCAUCACGGCCCUGGCGGUGUGCGCCGCCUACCACAUAUUCGUGCACGCCAAACUCAGACCCCGGGAGCUGCUGUCCAUCCUCACCGAGCGUCGGCAUCGCGGAGUAGCGGAAGGGUUGGCGGCCCUGGGUGCAGCCCUAGUGGUUCUCCUCUCAUGCCGUUUGGCCAUCAUGGGCUCACAGCCUCCGGAGUUCUCCCCGGCAGAUAACCCAGCGGCGGACUGCGACUCCCCGGCGGUGCGCUCCCUCACCUUUUUCUUCCUGCCGGCGUUCAACGCAUGGCUGCUGCUGUGCCCCUACACGCUCUCCUUCGACUGGUCCAUGGAGGCCAUCCCCCUCAUUACCUCCAUCGCGGACCCGAGGAACCUGGCCUCCUUUGCGCUCUAUGCCGUGCUGGCCCUCCUGGCCAUGACAGUGCUGAUGUCGCUGCGGCGGCGUCGCGCCGGGGAAGACGCAGCCGGCGGCGAGACCACGACGUCGGGCGACGUGACCGUGAUGGGCCUGGCGCUCAUGCUGCUGCCCUUCUUGCCCGCCACCAACCUCUUCUUCUACGUGGGCUUCGUCGUGGCCGAACGCAUCCUGUACAUCCCAUCCAUGGGUGCGUGUCUCCUGGUGGGCUGGGGUGCCCACCUUCUGCACGCGCGCGCCCGCACAGCCCGCGCACGCCGUCUACUGCACGGGGCAUUAAUUAUCCUCUUUUUGCUCUUCGCCGCCCGCACGUGGAGCCGCAACCGUGACUGGGCAACGGAGGAGAACCUUUACCGCUCAGGCAUCGCAAUCAACCCGCCCAAGGCGUACGGCAACCUGGCCAAUAUCUUAAGUUCCCAGGGCAAGAAGGAGGAGGCAGAAUGGGCCUACAAGAAGGCCUUGUCCUACCGUUCCAACAUGGCGGACGUCCACUAUAAUCUAGGUAUAUUGUUUCAAGAACAAAAGCGGUAUGAAGAAGCUCUGCAAGAAUAUAAAUUAGCGAUACAGUUUCGGCCGAGGAUGGCAAUGGCGCACCUCAACAUGGGCCUCGUACUGGGCCUGAUGGGACAGAAGGCAGAGGCGGCGGAGGUGUACCGGCACUGUUCGCAGCUGGACGGGUCCGGCCUGAAGGACCCCCGCACGCACGAGGCCACCAAGAUCUCCGCCCUCUUCAACCUCGGCAGACUCUACGCUGACGACGGGAACUUCGAGCGGGCCAUCGGGGUGUACCAGGAGGCCGUCGAGAAGAUGCCGCCGCACUACCAGCCUCAGAGUCUGUACAACAUGCUGGGUGAGGCCUUUUUCAAGCUUGAGAAGUUUGAUGAUGCCGAGAGGUGGUACCUGGAGGCGCUGAAGGUGAAGGCUGAUCACGUCCCCGCCCAUCUCACCUACGGGAAGCUCCUUGCCAAGAUGCAACGGAUAGGAGAGGCCGAGGAGUGGUUCGAGCGCGCCAAGACUCUCGCGCCCAACGACUCCACCGUCCACCAGCACUUUGGUCAGUUCCUGUCGGAGGUGGAGCGGCACGAGGCGGCGGCCGACCAUUACGUGAAGGCGGCUCAGCUGGCGCCGUCGGAGUACGAGAUCAUCUUCAACGCCGCCAACACGCUGCGUCAGGCGGGUCGCAACAAGCAGGCAGAGGAUUAUUACAGACAAGCGGUUCUCCUUAGGCCUCAGGAGGCGACCUCUCACAUGAACCUGGGCGCCAUGCUGCACGUCAACGGCAAGCUCCUCGAGGCCGAGUCUAGCUACCUGGAAGCUCUGCGCCUCAAGCCCGACGACUCCAUCACAAGGACCAACCUGCAGAAGCUCAGGCACCUGUUGGCGAAGAAGGGAAUCAGCCCCUCCAGAUAACCGAGUGACGCCCGUCGAGGACAUCCGACCCCCAAAAGAAAGCAACACGAAAAAGAAAAAAUAUUUGUGAUAACCACGAGCAAUAGCAGCAAUGAGCGGUAGCGUUGCAUGUUCUAGUGAUCGUCCUCGAUGAGAGUGUGUGACGGCUUCUCGGGCGUGGAAGCUGCGUGUCCGGUGGGGGCGGCGGCGGCGGCGGCGUCUCCAUCUCCGUCUCCGUCUCCGUCUCCGUCAGACAGUGGCGUCUGGCCCCAACGUCCGCGGGGAUCGCUCAGGCCUCAGUCCUGGGCCUCGCUCAACACCGAGCCAAGGAGGACACUCGCAGGAGGCGGCCCGGCAAUCAUGACGGCUACCAAGGACUCAAGUUGCUCACCAAAACAAUGCUCAAGCUCAUCCUCGUCUUCAGGUCGUACUCAAGAUGUCAGCCUUUCAAGUCCAGUGAGAAGAUGGCCGUUAUGAGCCUUGGCUGGCAGCUCGCCCAGGCCCACUCCCCUACUCACUACAUAGUGGGAAUGAGCCUAGGUGAGACGGUAACUCGGGAACAUAACAGCCGAUCUAGUCACAGCUAGAGAAGUAGGAACACCUCGAGGUUCAUCAAGUCACCCCUGAACACGGCUCAAGGAAAAGGAGACCAACGGCGGAGCGACAGAGUGGAGGCGGAGUUCCAGGAGGCCGAGGCUUGAGCGAGAGGCCCUCCAGUGCGCAGGCCGGCGGGCGCGGAGGCCGGACACGCGCUGCGAACCCUCCUCGGCGUUCUCGGCCGCUUGACGGAGACGUCCGCGCAUCACAGACUCACAUCAUCGGCGUGGUCAGUUUGUGAGCCAAGGAUGAAUUCGACGCUGUCGGCCGACCCUUCAUCUUGGACGAUGGAUUCGAAAAACAAGCCUCAAAGCCUUGUGUUUCAGAACGUUCGUAUGUUAAGAAAAGAAAAUGGUCUUGGAACCCUGACGCAAAACGUGCCACAGCAAGAGAGAGGCGCGGUUUUCAUGAUUUUUGGCAACGAAAAAAUACAGGAAAAGUCUUGAAGAAAAGUGUUCAUUCCGAAGUGACAAAGAAUCCUCUUCCUCUACUUGGCGUGUCAAUAGAGCUUCCCUCAGUGCCAAACACAUAUCAGAUCAGGAAACAGUGCCAAAAUCCUUCACCGGCAUAUCUCAAAAUUAUUUCUCGAAAACUAUCUGAUAUCCCCCCCCCUCUCCUGAAACACAAAAUAAAAAAACUAAAGAAACCCAAUCCCGCUCAGGCUGAAAUUUCCCAUUUCUGAGAAAAAAACAUGGCCAUUUCUCGUAUCCAGAAGUUGUUCCUUAAUGAUUAUCUUUUGCAUCACUAUUUCUUCAUAAUCCAGUGGACGGGUGCCAUCAGCGGAGACAGUUCAGUAGUUUUCCCUUUUUUGUGUUCUUUCUGUGGUGUUCGUCUCCCCCCCCUCCUGCGAGUGUUUUUUUUUUUUCUUUCUUUUUUUCCCCACAAGAAAUAUCCUGUGCGCUCCUUGUCCUUUCUAUGAUGUUCUGAGUGAUAUCCAGUUUUUAUUUAUUUGUUGUAUCUAAAGACACCAACUGACAUUUAUUCUGUGUGCAUCGGAGUUUGGAAUCGCUUCGAUAUGUUUGGUUGAUGAGUACAUUUCGUUUGUACGAGCAAAUGUGUUUUAAAAAAAUAAAAAAAAAAUAAAAAAUAAAAAAAAAAA